CUUUAUCUUUUCACAUAAAUGAAACGUGUUUAAAGAUGCUGUAUAUCUUAAUCCUGUCUAUCCGCAGUGAGGAAUCAUGGGAGAACGUAAAGUAACGCUGCUCAUCAUCUGCAUUUAUCUCUGCAUUAAAGCGUAUGAAACCUGCAUGCCGCCUGAAUGCAUCAUUUGUAAUCCUGACGUAUCAGACCUUUGCCCGCAGUGUAACCAAAGCUGCUACAACAAUGCUUCGGCAAAUUGCAGACAAGAUUUCAAUGUGACCCUGAUGCCCAGUUCCAAAGUAGUCAAUAAAUGGAAAGACGCAACUGUGACAUGCUUUCAUAACCUUCCCCGAGACAAUAUUUCUAUCAGCUGGAUCGUAAACAAGAAUUUAAGGGAGGGAGAUGAUAACGAAACAUUACAGAUCCUCGAAAUCACAGAAAAAUUGGAAAUCACAUGUAACAUCAGCAGCAUUUGUGGAAACUUCGACAACACCACAACCAUCACUUUAGAGAGUUCAAAUGACAUAUUGGUUGUAUUGAUCUGUUUCCUGGCAGCAUUCUUUAUCCUGGUCUCUUUCGCCAUAGUCAUGAAGAUCAUUCAAAACAAAGGACAAGCUCAAAGAGAAGCCAGGAGUAGACAACGAGAGCAGAACAUUCAGAACAUCCACAGCACUGCUACCAUAUCCACAAGCUACUGGUGAACACAGAAGACAAAGAGAGAGAGAAAGACAUCUUCAGAGUUCAAGAGAGUUCUGCGUGUGUUUUGUAUGGUGAAUGUUGUUUCUCUCAAUUUAUUAAUUGAUAGUUUGUCAUGUGUUUAUUUACACAACAGCAUUGUUGGUUUGUUGCUCCUUUAAUUCACUUGAUAUUAUUUAUUUUAUUUUAAA